UGACUGGCAACGGGUCACGAGGGCAAAUUUCAAAAUGUCGGACGCACAACUGGUUUUUGAAAUGUGGCGUUGACAAAUUGUUUCGCCACAGUUACGAUAUUUUGAGCCCGUGUGAGGUCAGAGAGACAUCAGAAAGUACGAGGAUCAGCUGAUUGAAGCUGAGCUGAGUGGAGGAGGGGGAUCAGUGAUCGUUCACUGGCAGUGCUAUGGCCGUGACAAUGUCCGGCCACAUGAACCGAGACCCGUGCUCCGGAACGGGACUGUACGCCUACGACGAGCACAGACCGGUCCCAAAGGUCCGACCAGAGGCGCAGGAUUACUAUGAAAGCGGCACGAAAGGCAGCGUGGGUCUACUGUUCGAGUUACAGGGGAUGUCCAUACGACCGCGCUCAAAACCACCGCCCAGACCAGCCGACCACAUACGCGAAAACGUGCGCCGGAUGCGGCAGGUCCAGCGGGACAGCCGGCGCAGACAGGAGGAGGCCAACAAACCCAUGAAGCCGCUUUUCAAGUCUGCCAAGUGGGAGGGGGUGGAGUCUAAAGUCAAGAAAAACAUAGAGAGCCCGUGGCCGACACCCAGACCAGAGUCUCGGAACUUCCUGAGGUCCCACUCCAGACAGGGUCAGCCCAGACCGCGGUCAGCCAGCCCGGGGCUCAGACCCAGGACCAUGUCGGCCGGAGCGGUCAGACCGCAGUCCGCACGCGCUACGUCCGGUGCGGGGCACAGUCGGCGCAGUCCGUCACCGUGUACCCUUGACAACGGUGGCAAGGAGAACGGGAGGAGGGGAGAAGUGCCUCCGUUAGAGGUGACAGGUACAAAGACAGGCAGUCCCACACGAGACGAUGUUGAUUUUGUCGCCCACAACGCUCGGAGGGCCUGGAAGGACUGUAACAGGCUGAAGCGACCGCCCACACAGAUGGCACUGCAGGAUUUGGAAGACAGGAGAAAGAAAGAACAUGACACCUACAAGAGAGGAGAAGUACCUAAAUACUUAAGGAACAGACAAGAAGAGUGGAAGAAGGAGGAGGAGGACAGAAUAAAGAACAUGCCUGAUCCCUCCAUGCCCCCGGGACACACCAUGAUGCCAGAAGCUGAGAGGAAGGAGACACUCAAGAAACUCAAAGACUCUGAACAGGACCUGUUGAAACAGAUGCGGGAACUGCCCAUCGGGAGGAGCGACACGUUACGGAUCAAACACGCAAAGGAGGAGCUAGAGAAGAAACUGUCUGAAAUCGACGAAGCCAUCAAAAUAUUUUCCAGACCAAAAGUCUUCGUAAAAAUUGACGACUAGCAGGCUUGACUGCUCUAUAAAGCCAAUAUGCAGCUCUUGUACAUAUUUUAUUUUGAAGGGGGAGGGGGAAGAGAGAUGUACAGUCAUGCAAGAUACUUACAUUUUUUGUGAAAGGGAAAAUUUGUCCUACCAUGUCAUCUUAGGGCUAUUGUCUUAAUAUUAGAAGUGUUUGAGGUGGCACGUGUGUAGUAAUAUUUAUGUCACUUUUAGAUGGUGGGACUUUCCUACAAUUUGGUUUACUAUCUGCUAAGCAGACAUGCAUGUAUUGUACAGUAAUGUUUGUGUAGUGUAGAGUACAUAGUUUACAGGCAUGCAAUGCAAUUUCAGCUUGACAAAACAAAAAGAAAUAUUCUGGAUGAGGAAAUCUAUCUGAUAUUGACAUUUACUGCCAUUUCUUAGCACAUUUUCUGGACAAAGUCUUGAUCUGUUAAAUAUGGACCUGAACUGUUUCUAUGUAGAAAAGU